AUUUGGUCCGGACCUGCACUAGGCCUCAUUCAGAGCCAAGGUCACCCACAGCACCUCAGCUUCCUGCUUGGUUCGGCCGCUCCGUCGCCGCCGCGAGCCGCCGAAGAAGAGGAACGGCAGCCGCCAGAUUCUGGUGGUUCCACAGAAGAACGGCAGGCAGCCAGUCGCACUACCUCCGCCGACGCGUCGAUUGGCAUUGAAUUGGUGAUCCAUCCCAACUUACGGUUGUUUUCUGUCGUUGGUCUAUUGUUACUUCUCUGGUGAUUGCCCGCUAUUCGGAUCAGAAUUGGAGGUUAAGAGGAAGGAACUUAUUCAUAGGAAUUGGAGGAUGGGUUAUAUCAUUAAGUUUGAGGAUUAGCUUAUCAAGAAAUUUACUGCAAUAGACAGAUGACUCCAAAAUGGAGUGAAUGCUCUUCAAAUAGUUGCAGGGAACUAUCUUCACAUGAAAAUGCAGAGUGCAAACCAGCCUUAAUAGAAACAGUCCCUUCAUCCACAGGCUGUUUUAGUUUACCGACUGCCAACAGAAUGUGCUCCCUAUCUGCCCAAAAGAAGGAUGGCAAUGUUUAUCAAAGGAGGAAGAUGGAUAAGGAUUCAAAUUCCUUUGCAGCAUGUGAAGAAGCUAAAGAAACAAUGACUCAAAGUUGCACAACUUCUGAGGAUCACUCUUCAUUACUGCUACCUAUUGUUCCCUCAGAAGCAACGAUUUUAAAUUCAACAGCAGGCACGACCGAUCCUAUCCUGGAUUCUGAAGACCCCGCUGGAGUUUCAUUGGAGCCUAAUUCUGGUGGGAAUGAUAGAUUCAUGGCUUCAAGUAUUACCCCAUCUUUCAUGAUUCUAGACAAAAAGGAUGCUGCUGAAUGCUCCUCAUCAAAUAUCAGCCCUACAGAACCAAUAACUGAGCUUAUGUCACCAAGGGAUCUUUGCAUUGCCAUACUGAGAAAAGGUGGACUCAUAACCGAUUCACGAUCUAGAAUCACUACAGCAGAAUUCACUGAUAGUGAUGCCAACCCGCUGUUGGCAUGCAAUACUUGUGGUGGUUUGGAGCAUUCACUAAAGAUGCUAAUAUGUGAUUCUUGUGAAGCAGCAUUUCAUUUGUCUUGUUGCAUCCCUUGUAUUGAGGAGCUACCAACUGAUGAAUGGUAUUGCGUGCCAUGCUCGUGGAAGAAACCUAAGGGUCUUUAUGGUAAACUGUUGGAGGGUAAGGUCAAGUCUUCUGGGAAUACAAACCAAAAGCCUCAUGGCAUGAGUCACAUAGAGUACAUGCUGAAAGAUACCGAACAAUAUGUCAGUGGGGCUCGAAUAGGUAGAGAUUUUCAAGCAGACGUGCCAGAAUGGUCCGGUCCAACUUCCAGUGGUGAUGGUUAUUUCGAGGAACCCUCUGAAUUUGAUCCUGCUGAACUAACUAAAUUGAAUUGGUGGAAAACGAGUAAUCAAAAUAGAGCUUCGAUUGGUAACUGGAUACAAUGCCAUGAGACCUUGAACCCGGGAGACUCUGACAAGGCAGUUGUCUGCGGCAAAUGGAGAAGUUGCAUUGCUAUUGUGGUCAAGAAGCAAUCGUACUCCAGUGUGAUCCGCGUGCCGUGGCUCUCCGCAGCCUCCUCCUAGAUCCACAUGCUGUCAGCGCCGAGCUCCGCGUUCUCCACCACCCCUGCCCAGAUCCGUGUGCUGCUGGCACUGAGCUCCACAUCUUCCGCCGCUGCUGUAGGGAUCCGCGCACUGCUGGUGCUCUGCAGCCCCCUGCCGCCAUCGCCGGUCUGUCUAACCCUCAAGAAUUCCUUCACAUACUCGUCCAUGGCCAUGAUCCAUCGCUGCUUGAUUGCAUGUUUCCGGCGCUCCUCGGUCUCCCCCCACCGGUGCCCCGUGAGUUGCUCCCUGACCUCUGCCGCCGUAUCCGCUGGCGCUCCCUGACCUCAGCUUGUGUUCAGAUCCCUGACCCACGUCACAGCUCUCAGUUUUUGCUUGUCUUCUUCCCAACCGACUAGUAGUAGUACUAGUACUCAUGUGAGGCAUGGCAUUAAUUGAGUUUGCUUUGGAAAUAGAAUCACUGAGUUAACUUGCAUUGAUUAAUUAGGGGCAGAAAUGGCCAUUUGCUCCUUAUUUUCCCUCAGCCACAUGGUUUCAUAUAUUUUAGCAAAAAUGCUCCAGCGUCAAGUAUUCUUGGGGGAGUAUUUAUCUGCUUUCUUUUAAUAACGCGAGAACUCAAAUCUGAGAAAAUACCAAUUUAAAAUUCCCAUUUCAACUUUUUUUCCCCGAGUCAUGUCUUGGUGGUUGGUUGUUCCAUUUUUAUGUAAGGUCCUCAAGGGAUGUCGGAAGCGUUAAAACUUCUCUUUUCAUCCUACUACAAGGUGGUUAGUAGUGUUCCCAUGUGGGACAUGGCAGAAGCUGGUCAAAACAUGGUUAGUUGGUUAAGCUUGGUCUAUUUAUGGCCAGAUGUGGUGUUAAAUUAAUAUAUAUAUAUAUAUAUAUAUACCUAUUUUAUUUGAAGAAGAAAUAUUUUGAUAUAUUUCUAGUGAUUAAACCCCUGAAAAUGUAACUGUUACCUAAUCUACGGACUGCACUCCAUUUAGCAAUUAGCAUAUCUAGUACAGUUCGACUAGUAAUUUUUUUUGUAUCACAUUGGUUGUGGAGCUAUGCUGUAGGUCAAAAAUGAAUUAUGCAGUUGCUUUUCUGUACAGAGCAUCCCUUUUUGCCGCUUUCAUCCUUUUUCUAACCUCUAGCGGUGGAAAUUUCCAUUUUCCUUAUUUGACUGAAAAUGUGGAAAUAGUUUUCUGCCAACACACUUUUUUUUUCAUUCUGUUUUGUUUGUAUCUUAUGCUCUGUGAAGGUAUGAUAUUUUGUCUCA